CCGCGCGCCGGCCUGCUGCGCUGCUCCGCGCUUCCCGGCGGGAUUCAAGUUGGAAGUGGCGCGGAGGAUAGAGCUGUCCCGGAACAGAGCCUCGGCUGCCGCCAGAGCGAUGUUCCCGCAGAGCCGGCACCCAACGCCGCACCAGGCUGCAGGCCAGCCCUUUAAGUUCACUAUCCCGGAGUCCCUGGACCGGAUUAAAGAGGAAUUCCAGUUCCUGCAGGCGCAGUAUCACAGUCUUAAGUUGGAGUGUGAGAAAUUGGCAAGUGAAAAGACAGAAAUGCAGAGGCACUACGUGAUGUAUUAUGAAAUGUCAUAUGGAUUAAACAUUGAAAUGCAUAAACAGACUGAAAUCGCCAAGAGAUUGAAUACCAUUUGUGCACAAGUCAUCCCAUUUCUGUCUCAGGAACAUCAACAACAGGUGGCCCAGGCUGUCGAACGUGCCAAACAGGUGACCAUGGCAGAGUUGAAUGCCAUCAUCGGGGUACGUGGCCUACCAGGUCUACCUCCUACACAGCAGCAGUUACAAGCUCAGCAUCUCUCUCAUGGCCAUGGACCCCCCGUACCUCUCACGCCUCACCCUUCAGGACUUCAGCCUCCUGGCAUCCCGCCCCUUGGGGGCAGUGCCAGCCUUCUAGCACUGUCUAGUGCUCUGAGUGGGCAGUCUCACUUGGCAAUAAAAGAUGACAAGAAGCACCAUGAUGCAGAACGCCACAGAGACAGAGAGCCGGGCACGAGUAAUUCCCUCUUGGUCCCAGACAGCCUAAGAGGCACAGAUAAACGCAGAAAUGGCCCAGAGUUUUCCAGUGACAUCAAAAAAAGGAAGGUGGAUGAUAAGGAUAACUAUGACAGUGAUGGGGACAAGAGUGAUGACAACUUAGUUGUGGAUGUGUCUAAUGAGGACCCUUCUUCUCCACAUGCAAGUCCCACACACUCACCCCGGGAAAACGGAAUUGACAAAAACCGCCUGCUGAAGAAAGAUGCUUCAGGCAGCCCAGCAUCCACAGCCUCCUCUGGAAGUUCCUCUUCCCUGAAAUCCAAAGAAGUGAGCCUGCAUGAAAAAGCCAACACGCCUGUUCUGAAAUCCAGCACACCAACGCCUCGGAGCGACAUGCCAACCCCGGGCACCAGUGCUACUCCAGGCCUUCGUCCAGGUCUCGGCAAGCCUCCAGCCAUGGAGCCCCUUGUCAACCAAGCAGCAGCUGGCCUGAGGACGCCCCUGGCAGUGCCUGGCCCAUACCCUGCCCCCUUUGGCAUGGUGCCCCACGCGGGCAUGAAUGGAGAGCUGACCAGCCCUGGCGCUGCCUAUGCAGGUCUACACAGCAUGUCUCCACAGAUGAGUGCUGCAGCUGCUGCAGCUGCUGCAGCAGUGGUUGCCUAUGGUCGCUCCCCAAUGGUUGGUUUUGAUCCUCCUCCCCACAUGAGAGUACCUUCCAUUCCCCCAAACCUGGCAGGAAUACCUGGGGGAAAACCAGCGUACUCUUUCCACGUUACUGCCGAUGGCCAGAUGCAGCCUGUCCCCUUUCCCCCUGAUGCCCUCAUUGGACCCGGGAUCCCCCGACAUGCUCGGCAGAUCAACACCCUCAACCAUGGGGAGGUGGUGUGCGCGGUGACCAUCAGCAACCCUACAAGGCACGUGUACACGGGUGGCAAGGGCUGCGUUAAGGUCUGGGACAUCAGCCACCCUGGCAACAAGAGCCCCGUCUCUCAGCUGGACUGCCUGAAUAGAGAUAACUACAUCCGUUCCUGUAAAUUGCUACCUGAUGGCUGUACUCUCAUAGUGGGAGGGGAAGCCAGUACUCUAUCCAUCUGGGACUUGGCAGCUCCAACCCCCCGCAUAAAGGCAGAGCUGACAUCCUCAGCCCCUGCCUGCUACGCCCUGGCCAUCAGCCCUGACUCCAAAGUCUGCUUCUCAUGCUGCAGUGAUGGCAACAUCGCAGUGUGGGACCUGCACAACCAGACCCUGGUGAGGCAAUUCCAGGGCCACACAGACGGAGCCAGCUGUAUUGACAUUUCUAAUGAUGGCACCAAGCUCUGGACAGGCGGUUUGGACAACACUGUGAGGUCCUGGGACCUGAGAGAGGGGCGGCAGCUGCAGCAGCAUGACUUCACAUCACAGAUCUUCUCCUUGGGAUACUGCCCAACUGGGGAGUGGCUUGCUGUGGGGAUGGAAAGCAGCAAUGUGGAAGUUCUGCACGUGAACAAGCCUGACAAGUACCAGCUGCACCUCCACGAGAGCUGCGUGUUGUCCCUAAAAUUUGCUUAUUGUGGCAAGUGGUUUGUGAGUACUGGAAAAGACAACCUCCUCAAUGCCUGGCGGACACCAUACGGAGCCAGCAUAUUCCAGUCCAAAGAAUCCUCAUCAGUACUUAGCUGUGACAUUUCUGUGGAUGAUAAAUACAUAGUCACUGGCUCAGGGGACAAAAAGGCUACCGUUUAUGAGGUCAUCUACUGAAAACACUAUGGCUUCAUAUUUACAGUUGAAUUGGGCCAAAUGUUUGGAAUUUGUAGAAAUAGCAAAGUUAUAAUUAAAAAACAAAAGCAAACAAACCAA